ACCCACAGCCAAUCAUGUUUUGUUGCGUAGGUGGACGUCGAAAAAGGAUACGCGUCAGCCAGUGUGUUGGUGCGCCUACUGUGUCGUUCCAGGUGGAAUAAGGAUUUGGAAGUUCCCGGUCGGAAAAUGUUCAAACUGUCGUACAAACGGUUCGCCUCGCUGCUGUUCUUCCAGCUGGUGUUUCUGUGCGUCGAUUUGGGCAUCAACAGCUUCUCGUAUCUGGCCCGCGGGGACAAAGUUUCCAUCAUCUUUCUGUUUUUGGCCCAGGAUGUCUGUUUGAUUUUGUCCUUUACGGCGAUUAUCUUCAGCCUGUACUCGACCUAUGUUUACCAGGCCGGAAUGGCCCACCUGCUGUACGAGAAGUUCCGGGUUCCGCUGCUGGUCGCGAUGAUGUACUUCAUCCUGUGCAUUUCGUUGCACACCUGGCAGGUGGUCGACCAUCACAAAUCGCCCUACCUGUUCCAGUGGCCGAAGGCGCUGACCGCACUCUUCAUCAUCCAGAGAUUGUUUUCACCCCUGUACUACUAUCUGUACAAGAGAUCGGCCUUGAAGAUGAGCGAUCCACGCUUUUACGAAAACCUCGACUGGAUCACAUCGGCCAUCAAGUAAAUUUGGACACGGCCCCGAGCUACCGGCAAAGCAUUAAAACCGAUUAACUAAUGUUUGGUUCGUUCAGAAUGAUUUGAUCAUCGGUUAUCAGUUGGCUGAAGAAACUGUAAAGUUUGGACUGCUCACUCUGAGUUCUUCCUGGUUUAGAUUUUCUAGUCUUGUAUUGCACAUCAUCCUCUGUAGAGGAAGAUAUUUUCGGUUACUUCAAAAGGGUAGGAUCAUACCAUUGGAAAUGGUGCAAGGGUAGAGUCUCUAUAUGUCACAUGUUUUAUGCAACAUAUCAAUAAAGCAUAACUAAACGUUGGAACUAGCAAGAAACC